GGGAGGAGCGGAGUGCGCGGUUUGUUCGGGGCAGCCAUUGCGAGUAUACCCUUGUGUGUCCCGUAAAACCCGCGGUCUGAGCGUUGUACACGAGUGUCCCUCAAAAACACGAGAAGGUGCCUGCCGCGCGUUUCCCCGUAAGAUCGUGGAAAGAAAUUUUCACGGAAAUAAUAAUCGCGCGCGCUUUCUUACGUACAUAAAACAGUAAUUUUUAACGAACGGUGCUCCGUGCGAAACUUCCGAGGACGCAAACCAUAACUUCGGCCCGAUGGCUGAAUCCGACAAAUUAAACAUUGACAGCAUUAUCGGACGGCUCUUAGAAGUACGAGGGGCACGCCCAGGAAAAAAUGUGCAGCUAACAGAAAGUGAGAUUCGGGGACUGUGCUUGAAGUCUCGAGAAAUUUUCCUGUCUCAGCCAAUUCUUCUGGAGUUAGAGGCGCCGCUCAAGAUAUGCGGUGACAUUCACGGGCAAUACUACGAUUUGCUACGACUUUUUGAAUACGGAGGCUUUCCACCCGAGAGCAAUUACCUUUUUCUAGGCGAUUAUGUAGACAGAGGAAAACAAUCUCUCGAGACGAUUUGUCUCCUACUCGCUUACAAGAUCAAAUACCCAGAGAACUUUUUCUUACUUCGAGGGAACCACGAGUGCGCCUCGAUCAACAGGAUAUACGGAUUUUACGACGAAUGCAAACGUCGUUACAACAUCAAACUAUGGAAAACCUUUACGGAUUGCUUCAACUGUCUGCCAGUCGCGGCGAUUGUCGACGAAAAGAUAUUCUGUUGUCACGGUGGUCUCAGCCCCGAUUUACAGAGCAUGGAACAAAUAAGACGUAUCAUGCGACCAACCGACGUACCCGAUCAGGGUCUACUCUGCGAUUUAUUGUGGUCAGAUCCGGACAAGGACACGAUGGGUUGGGGCGAGAAUGAUCGCGGUGUGUCGUUCACGUUCGGUGCCGAAGUCGUUGCCAAAUUUUUACAUAAGCACGACUUCGAUCUCAUAUGCCGCGCUCAUCAGGUGGUCGAAGACGGAUACGAGUUUUUCGCGAAACGGCAGUUGGUGACGUUAUUCUCAGCGCCGAAUUAUUGCGGUGAAUUCGACAACGCAGGUGCCAUGAUGUCGGUGGACGAGACGCUCAUGUGCAGUUUCCAGAUUCUGAAGCCGGCGGACAAGAGGAAAUUUGCGUACGGUGGAUUGAACGCCGGCAGGCCGGUCACGCCGCCACGGGGACCGAACAACAAAAACAAAAAGAAGUGAAAAUCCCAACCGAGAUAUACGACGUUUUUACGAGAACGCGGAGCUUUAGGACCUUAAGAAACCUACUACUAUAUCCCUCCCUCGAGAAAAAAAAAACAAACACAAAAAAUAAAAUAAUAAUAAAAAAAACAAAACAGAAAAAGAAACAUGAAACCACGAAGAAGGCGAGAAAAACUCCACCACGGCCAUCACUUCACCCCGCUGACUUAUCACACUUAUAUACUAUAUUAAUUCAUCCGCGAAGAUCAUCGAGAACUACAAAGAGAAGACAAGUGAAAUUAUGAGGGGGGAAAACAAGAGAAAAAAACAUGUUAUGUCAUGAAAGAGCAAGAAAUCGAAUGCUCGUCUCGAAACGCGAUGUUUGCAUAAGAAACGCACUGAUAUUUUCGACCCAAGAAUUAACGGGCUAUUCGAGCCGCUCGAAAUCGUGAUCUAUUUAAUACGAGCGCGUUUUGUAAGAAAUAUUAAACAAAAAACCAACAAACUAUCGUGUAGACGGAAGUAAAGAAACAACAUCUAAUACAGAUCGAAAAUGAUUAAUAUUAAAAAACAUGAAAGAUGGUAUAUAUAGAUAUAUACGUAUUAAUUGACGAAACGACUAAAAAUCAAGAAAUCAUUGAAAUUGUACAAACGGCGCGAGUCCAGACUUCUUUUCGGCAAAUUUAUUCAAUAUCGCCCUCUCGAAGUUUAGCAUUGAUGAUCGAGGCGCGGAAGAGAGAAGAAAAGAGAAUCGGAAGGAGGGAUUUUGCUUUGGGGAUGAGUUUCUGACCGGAGGCUCUGAACGUUCGAAACUUUUUGAAUUUGUGUAAGAGGUUGCGAAAGAACGAAGAACGCGAGCGCAUCUGAAAACGAAAAGGCUCUAGGAACUUUCGUUUCCCGGAGUAACGAAACGCUUUUUCUUUUAUUUUUUUUUCUAAUGUUAUUUCUAUGGAAUGAAAAAAGAUCUGCACGCGAGAGAGAACUCUUGACAGGUGAUUUGUUUGAAAUAAAUGGUAUUGACACGUCAUUUUCUCUAUUGAUUCGAAUCGAAUUCCUCUUUCAGAUGCAUUUUCGAAUUCAUGGAAUUUACCAGUGCUUUUUUUUUGCUACACAGGACAAUGCGAUGUUUCUUACGAAUUUCGAGAUGGAAAUAACGAGGGAGGGGAGUAAAAAUCGAUUGAUGCGUAACCGUUGAGCUUCGUUUUCGCAACAGCCUGCGAAACGAACGAGAAAAGAAAACACGAAUAGGCUUUGACGCGACCAAAAAUAACGACACAUUGUCCCGUGACAAUAUUUUUCUCGCUCUCUUUCUCAGUCUCUUUUCCUCCUUCCUGUUUCUGUCGUCGCAGCGUUCCGGGCGAGUCUUGACAAGCCGUUUUCUCAAUUUACGUGGAUAAUUAUAAAGACAAAUAACCGAAAGAAUAAACAAAUGCCAUGGUACUCCAGCGGCUUGACGAUCGUAGAAGACAAGCGAGGAAAGAUCACUGGGCACAAAAAAUUCGACUCGCGUUCCGGAGACCCGAUAAGCCGAUUGUUUGACGAUUUCUUUUCUUCAACUUUAUUUCAUCGUUAAUAUUCUCGGUUAAGAAAAAUUGUAAGAUUCGUCAUUUUAAUUAGAAAUUUGCAAAGAUAAUGGCAGCGUUUCCCCAUUUUCACCGUGGAUAGAAGUAUCAGAUUCUUUCGAUAAAGUCAUUGCGAUCAGCAUUGAAGGAAAAACGAAUAUUUUUAGCAUUAUUUUUCUGUUUUUCGUGUUAUCGAGCGUUUUCUUCUUCCGAUCGCUGCACCUCAUUUUUAUUCGACUUCUUUUUCACCGCAACUGUACUAUUUACAGUACAUUGAUCAUGUGGCAAAACCGUUGUUUCAAUUUCAAAGUAAAUUUCUAAAAGAAGUAAAAAUCUUUCGGUUCUUGCCAGUCUUUCAUGAAAGUUUUAACAAAAAUUGUACAUUUCGUCGAAAGUUUUCAUGCUUCUUGCUGCUCCCCCCUCCUAAUCUCUUCAUUUAUUUCUGGAGCGUGCGCAGACGUUGAAUAAAUAAUCCAGAAAAAAAACAACAGCAGUAAGACAUUGUUGGAGUGUGAGAAAAAACUGGAAAAAUGACGGGAAAAAGAAGCGAAAGAAAUGGAAGCCUCUAGCGAGUAGCGACUGGUCUCGAUGACACUUGUGAAACGUGGACAACGUGAAAAGGUGUGGGAACGCGUGAAUAUGAUCGAGAUUAGGUAUCACGCUCACCUCCAAAACCUUACACCGUCGCGAUAUCACCUUCAUAAAUGUACAUUAAACUUGCGUUUUUUUAUAUAUAAAUAAAAACACCUAAAACCGAUUGAACACUUUUUUUUAUCGUAUCUCGAUCGAUUGUUUUCUCGACGCAUUCGUCGAGCUUGCCGAGAUCAUGAUUAUUGCCAUUUUUUUCAAAUCCGUCCCACCAUUUUUGGGUACAGAAAGGCAUUGUCGGAUUCCUCGGAUUGUUAAAUUUUUAUUUUCAUUUUUUUCCCCAGCACAAAUGUUGUUUUCAUUAAAAAAUUAUUCGUUCGGGAGAAAAUGCUGGUGCAUCAAUAUUUCACAACUUUUGCGAACGAACAAAAAACUGAAAAAAAUGAGCCGCUUUAAAAACUCGGAUCGACGAUUUUCAAUAUGAAUUUUUCGAAAAACUUAUUAAAGCCUUUUAUCAACAGAGAAACCUCCAACGAAGGGUGGUUUUUUUAAAUUUCUCCUACGAGAAAUAAGCUUACACAUUUUUCAAAUCCAUCCGAAUUUUUGUUGAGUCAUUCCGGCAACGAAAGAAGUUCAGAAAGCCCCAUGAAUUUUUUUUUCAAUGUUUUGAAAAAAAUCAAAAGUAUUAUUUUUUGUAAAAUGGAUUCAAAUGCAAUGUUUAAUCUCUCAUCGGCGCAAAACCGUUUUCGAAGCGUCCUCCCAAUAGUCGAUUUUUUCUCGAUUUUCGACGAACAGCAAACCACGGAGGUGUGCAUGAAAACGAAUCCAAUUUCUUCGGAAAUCCCCUCGAAAUUGUCCAUCGUUUUUUCAUUCGAUGACUAACUUUUCAUUUUUAUCGAUUUCCGGCUCGAAGCAACGGAUAUCCAUGGAUAUACGAAGCUCGUGUAUUUUAACGUAAAUUAAGUUCGAUGCUUUUUUUCGAAAUCCAUCAUAAGUACGUAAUCAUCGUAUUUGGGGCAAUGACUAUUUUUAUCACGCAAAUUAACGUUUCACCAGUAAACCACGUUCGAUGCGAAUGAAAGAUGAAAAUUGGUCAAUUGUACAAAAAUAUGACUAAAAACUCACCAAAUAUUCUAAUAAGAUAAUGUACGAAUACGGACGUCUCGAUUUUACUAUAAAAAAAUAUUUAUUCGAAUCCGCCGAAUAGUCGUUCGAGUUUCAUUAUCCAAGAGCGCGAGAGUCAAAGCACUUGGGGAAACUCGAAGUUUUCAAUCCUUGAUGAAAAAGUCGUGUCGACAGUAAAUUUUCCGAUGAAAUUCUUCGUCAUCGUCAAAGAAAAAAAUCCUCACUCGAAUGAAACUAUUUUUCUAGAAAAUUAGUCCACGAUAAUCAAAAGUUUAAUCCCACUUGGCUCUCACUUUCCAUCGCUUCGAUCGGCGUCCAAAAAUUUCAGUGUCAAUCGGUGAUGUUUGCGGAUGUGUGACGAAGCUGUGAAGAUAUUUUUUUUUAUGUAUUAAAGACAAUAACUGAAAACCAAAAUCCUUGCGCGUGUCAAUGAAGGGCCGCACUAACAGUUCGUGAAAAAAAAAAACGAAAUCGUUGGAAAGCAGUUUAUUUUCAGCCUCCAUUUUUUCUCCCUUCUUCGCGAACUUUCCACAUUCCAAAAUAAUCGAUUCCAAUUUUUCUAAAUAUUCGAGCACCAAAAAGUGCACAAAAGUAGGAGAACAAAAUAUUUGGAGCUUCAUCUCGUUUUGUAAAAUCGACUGUGCGUCACCACCGACUCGAAUUUUCAUCGAACUUUACUUCCUAGGAACACCGUACACGUAGAGCAUCUUUUCAAGUGAAAAAAAUGAGGAUAUAUAAAUGUACUGAAAAGGAAAAAAAAAAAAACAGGAAAAACCCGAAACUUUUCGAUCGAUUUAGAUAUACGAUAAAAGUACUAACAUUAUAAUUCAACAAUACGCAAACUGUACUGAUCAGACGAGUUUCUUAAUAACGUGGUAAAUCAAACGUCCUAUAGAUAAUAAGUGAUAAAAACUUUCAACUAAAUAAGUAUUUCGCAUGGAAAUCAAACCUAGAAGUACGGAGGAGCGCAGGGAAAAGAAGGAAAAAAGAUAAAGAAAGAAAAAACGAUCGCACGAUAACGAUAUUUAUACGGAACUUUAGUGAUAACUAAGUGGAUAAACUCUCGGGUAAAUUCGGCGUAUAUUAAAUAGUAAUGAAAGAGAUUUGGAAUAAAAUCACUUGGAACAUUGACAACGGCCGAUUCAACGUUAAAAAUAGCCUAUUAAUAUAUUUAUUUAUACGAAGCUCUAAUGUCAGAAUAUCCGGAGUCGAGAUUGUUCGUUGAGUCGCGUUAUAUUUACAUCUUUAUCGUGGAAAGUGGAUUAUUGUGUUGUGCAGCACGAUCAUUGAGGCGAGUUGAAAUUGGAGGGUGAGCAACGAUCGAACUCGUGAAAAAAAUGUCCCCUUGAAAAGUUUCGUUCAAUCGGUCGAAAUGAGAAUCUAGAUUUUCUGACAUCAGCGUCCAUUUAGAAUACGAAGGAACAAAAAUUCGUGAGCUCUUCCGAAAAACACAAUUUGACAAAAAAAGGGAUUUAAACGAGAAAUAAUGAUUACAGAGAAAAAAACGUCGUUUAGACAAUAGACGAGAAAGAUUUGUGUGACCGGUGGUUAUGCGAUAAUAAUAUUAAUAAUAAUGAUGAUAACAACAAUAACCAUUGAGCCAAUCGAUUGGAAUAAACGUAAUAAUAAUUGUA